AUGGAAUUCAACAAACCAGACUGUUUGAAACUAACAGGAAAUGUUGCUGAAAAUUUUAAAUUAUUCAAAGAGGAAGUCAUGGUAUUUUUUGAAGCAACGGAAACAACCUCAAAACCGGAAAAAGUACAGGUAGCACGUUUACUAAAUCUAAUUGGAAGUGACGGCGUUAAGAUUUAUAGAACAUUUAACAUUGAUCCAAAAGUUGAAACUGUUAAUAUUAUCUUCGAAAAAUUAGAAGGGUACUGUACACCAAAGCGGAACGAAGUAAUGGAACAUUACAAAUUUUUCAUGAGAAAACAGGACUCAAGUGAAACAUUUGACAAAUUUUAUGCUGACCUCAGAGAUCUCAUAAAAAAUUGUGACUUUGGAGUAACUGAAGAGAAAUUGUUGCGAACGCAGAUUGUUCUCGGCAUUAGUGACAAAGACCUUCAAGGAAAAUUACUUCGUGAAGAUUUGAACCUCGAUAAAGUUGUGCGGCAUUGUCAAGCAACUGAGCAAGCUGAAAUUAAUAAAAAGUUACUGGUGCAGGAGAGUGAGAACAAAAUUGAUGUCAUUGAGAAGAAAAAAUUUAACAAGUUCAAUUCAACAAAUUAUCGGGGAAAGAAGCAGCAGCAGGAGAAUACAUUGGAACAAUUUGGAAGAGAACAUUCAAGGAAAAUGUCUAAGGAAAAGGGUAAUGUAAAAACAUAUAAAUUUAAUUGCUAUAAGUGUGGUAGAGUACAUGGUAUAAAUGAAUGUCCGGCUUAUAACAAAAUUUGUAACACAUGUGGUAAUAAAAAUCAUUUUGCGUUAAUGUGUAAGAAUAAAGGAAAAAAUGAAAGUAAAAAAUAUGAAAAAAGUGAAAACAAUGGAGUUAACAUUGUAGAAAAAGAAAAAGAAGUCUAUGAGUUUUUAUGCUUGGAUGAGGUUGAAAUAGGUACAAGUAACACAUGGACAGAUAAUGUAAAAAUAAAUGAAUUAAAUGUAGAAAUAAAAUUGGACACAGGAGCACAAUUAAAUGUGAUGCCAAUAAAAAUGUACAAAAAAAUUAAAUCAGUACAAUUGGAAACAAGUGAAGUUGUUAUUAAGACAUUUGGUGGGUUCACUAUGAAGUCGCAGGGCAAAAUUAAUGUUCAAAUUGAAAAUGAUAAAUGUAAGGCAAAUGUUGUUUUUGAAAUUGUUAAUUAUGAAGGAAUGCCAAUACUUGGUUUUAAGGACUGUAAGACUUUAAAAUACAAGUUUAAUGAAGUAUGUGAAGUAGAAAUAGAAUAUAAAAAAGAACGUUUUGUCAAAGAGAAUCUUGAUAUAUUCACUGGAGUUGGAAAAUUUCCAGAUAAAAUAAAAAUUAAAAUUAAAGAAAAUAGUAUACCUGUAAUAAAUCAUCCUAGGAGAAUCCCUAUAAAAUUAAUAAAAAGAUUAAAGGAAUUAAUUGAGAGGUUAUGUGUUCAAAAUAUUAUCGAAAAGUGUGAGGAGCCCAGCGAGUGGCAACAUCCUUUGGUCGUCAUAGAAAAGCCAGACAAGUCGCUAAGAUUGUGUCUGGAUCCUAGGACAUUAAAUAAGUAUAUAGUACGUGAAAUGAUACAAAUUCCUACUAUCGAUGAAGUAAGAAAUAAAUUAAUAAACAAAAAAUAUUUUACAUUAUGUGAUUUAAAGGACGGGUUUUAUCAGUGUGAGCUAGAAAGUGAAUCAAUGAAACUUUGUGCUUUCAGUACACCAUUUGGCUCAUACCAAUUUAGGAGGUUACCAUUUGGAUUAGCUAACGCACCAGAAAUAUUCCAACAAUUAACUUCAAAAUAUUUUGGAGGUAUCAAAAAUGUCUGUGUAUAUUUUGAUGAUAUACUUAUUAGUGGAGAGACACAACAGGAACAUGAUGAAACAUUAAAACAGGUAGUGAAACAGGCCAGGAAAUUAAACAUUAAGUUUAACUUGAAAAAGUUGCAGUAUGAAAAAAGUGAAGUGCGGUUUUUGGGAAUGAUAUUUAGUGAACAUGGAAUAGCUCCAGACCCUGAAAGAGUCAAGUCUGUUAUAGAAUUAAAAAUACCACAAAAUACUAAACAGCUUCAGUCAUUUCUAGGAAUGGUUAAUUACCUUCGAAUAUUUAUACCAAAUAUGUCUGAAUUAAUUGAACCACUUAGAGGAUUAUUGAGGAAAGAUGUUGUGUGGUCAUGGACUAUAAAUUGUGACAGUGCUUUUAAUAAAUUAAAAAAUGUUCUAACUGAUCUGACAACUCUUAGUAAUUAUAAUGUGAAUGAAAAUUUUACCAUACAGUGUGAUGCAUCAGAAAAGGCAUUAGGGUGUUGUCUGCUACAAAAUAACAGACCUGUAUACUAUGCGUCAAGAUGUAUGACCGACACAGAACAGAUGUAUGCUCAAGUAGAAAAAGAAAUGUUAGGUAUAGUGUUUGCGUGUAAAAAAUUUCACAAAUUAAUAUAUGGGCAAAGCAUAGUUGAAAUAUUCACUGAUCAUCAACCACUAAUAUCAGUAAUGAAAAAAGAAAUAAACAAAAUACCCAAUAAUAGACUGAAAAGAAUGAGACUUAAACUAUUGAUAUAUAAUACAGAUGUUAAAUAUUGUCCUGGUAAACAUAUGUAUAUAGCAGAUUUGCUCAGCAGAAACUAUAUACAAAGAGUUGAGAUCACUGAAGAAAAUUUAAAUGAUGUAGUACAUGCAAUUAAUGAGGUUGAAAUACAAUUUAAAAAUGAUAGAAUAGAACAGUUUAGAAAUGAAACAAAUAAGGAUGAACAUUUAAGUAAGGUACUAAAAUAUUUAGAUACUGGUUGGCCAAACAAAAUGAUUGAAUGUGGGGAGAUAAAACAUUAUUUUAAAAUUAAAAAUGAAUUAAUUAAAGAAAGUGAAAUAAUUUACUUUGGAAACAGAAUAAUUGUUCCCAAAGUAUUAAGAAGUUAUGUAAUUAAAAAAUUGCAUGAAACACACUUAGGAAUCACAAAAACGCUAAAAAAAAGUAAACAAAUUUUUUACUGGCCAGGAAUGACCUCAGACAUAAAAAAUUUCAUUGAGAAAUGUGAAAUAUGUAGAAAGUUUAGUAUUAGUAAGAUAAAAGAGCCACUACUACAACAUAAAAUCCCUGAGUUACCAUUUCAAAAAAUUGGAAUAGACAUAGCAGAGGUAGAGCGUUCCAAUUACCUAGUGGUUAUGGACUAUUAUUCAAGGUGGCUAGAAGUCUUAAGUAUAAGAAAUAAAACUAGUGAGACAGUCAUACAAUUAUUAAAAAUAUUAUUUAGUCAGUUUGGAAUACCAGAGUGUGCGGAUGAUGGCUGCACACGUAAAGCCGGUGACGAGUGUGCGUGUGUGUGA